AUGAUCGUUCUUUGUGUGCACGCAGGGAGGAUCUAUGGUACUAAGGGUGUUUCUCCAGGCCUUGUGCAUCAGACAGUCAUGGAAUCGUCACUGAGGAAUGAGCUGGUCACCCACCUCUCGGUCUUGGUUCGGGAGGUUAUUGGCAGCUUCGAUAACCUGGUCAAGAAUCAUCGUCAUCUGCAUAACCUGGCUGGGACCCGCGUUCCUGCGGCCGUGUACGCUUCUUACGACGCGUGGAUCAACGCUCGUACUUCCCAUGUCUCUCGUGACCUCCGUCCUAUUGUCGGUGAAUAG